AUGAUUUGUGGCUACGCACUGGCACCAGGCACGUCGUCGUACGUGAAAACAGUCGUCACCACCACGAUGACCUGGUACCAGGCCGAGGCAGACUGCGAGACAGAUGGGGGUCGACUGGCCGUGGACAACAACCAGCAGAUCCACGCCUACAUGACCCAGAUGAUCUUGAGUCUCGGGAUCUAUUCCAACAUUGGAGCUGGAACCGGAUACUUCUGGAUCGGUGGGCAGAGCACGAUCGACCCCUUUCACUGGAGACUUCUCGACGGCACACUCCUGAAUUACACGGGGAUAGGUCAAGGGCUGUUUCACCCGACCGAACCCAAUCAAGGUGGAGGAUGUCUGAUGAUCGUAAUCUACCAGGCCCCCGACUCCACCUGCUGCAACGGUCGCUGGGCGGAUAACGUCUGCGCUAUAACUACCUGGAGCUCCGGAUAUUUCUGUGAAAUUCAGGUACCAGCGUAAGUCAUUCCCGAAAGAACGGAUUUGACAACGCCCAGACACAAUCCGGAAACUAUGGACGAGGAAGAGAUUGAUCACUUCUCGGUAUUUCAAGGGUCUCAAUUUGGUGCAGUGUUUUGAUGAUGUUCCAUGUUGUUUUUUUAUGUUACGUUAUGUCUGUGUUUGGCAUUAUAUAUUGUUUAUGUGGUAUUGUGUUGGCACAUAAUAUAUUUCCGCACAUCACAAGAAUAUGUAUGGAGCGCAUGUAAAGAG